AUGGCCGUUGGUAUCGUCCCGCAGCAUCGGCAUACAUCCGCCAUGCAGCCAGCCGUGCGCGACACCCUUUCGUUACGUCCGCGGGGCUUCUACUCUUACGCCUUCCUCGCGACUCGCAUUGCCCAGAUCAUAUGUCUUGCCGUCAUUACCGGCAUCAUAGGCCACUUCAUCCACGUUGUCACCCGUGGUCGGCAACCCGCCCCCCUGAACCUGAUCGUUGUCAUUCUCUUCACAGCGGCAGCCUUGACAUGGACCCUCUUCUCCUGGACCGGGUAUAGUAGGCGGUACCUUGCUUACGCGGCGACCUGGGGCGUCGACCUCGUUUUUCUCAUUCCUUUUGUGGCCCUCGCCAUCAUUCUCGGUCUGCCGAUGGCGGAUUCGAACUGCGCGGCCGUGGCGGCAAACGGAAAAUUCGAAAUUACCGCGCCGCCCGGGAGUUCUGUCGGGAGGGUGGCCUUCCCAGCGGAUGGGCGAGCUUCUUGCCUCAAGUUAUUUGUCGUCUGGGUCUUGCUGAUCGCGGUUUCCGUUUUCUUUGCGCUGAGUGCAUUGUCGGUGGGUUUUCUGCAUCUCGGUGAUAAGCAGUUGGAGAAGGCGAUAUUCGCUCUCAAGGAGGAUCCGAGAGGAGGUGGAAGUUACUAUGAUCAGGGAAUGAACGACUCCCGCGGGAGAGGAUUUGCGCCGACACCAAGAGCGUACCCAGGCCCGGGAGAGGGCGGAGUUUACGGGUACAGCAACUCGCAACUCCGACCCAGUAUUAGCGAGGAUCGCCUCAAUCUCAACCGGCCGGUUACAGUAGCCCCUCCGAGGGCGGGAAACAGGGCAUUUGCGGGGGGUCCGAUUUACGAAGAGCCACUAGGCCAGCCGGCAGCAGCCAGAAUGCCUCGGAUGCAUCCGGAUGAGGCAUACGACUAUUCUGGCAGUGGCCGUGGCGGCUGGAGAAAGCUCAUGCCUUCGAACGAGUCCAGGAACGACACUUCUCCAGAAAGGCCAGCCGGCUUGGGGAAUGUGACGAUGUCCUCGUCGAGGCCAGCCGGUCUAGGAAAUAUGACCAUGUCCUCAGCAAGGGGCCAGCCACAAGGGCCAAACAUGCGUCCCAACAUCGACAAAAUCGCUUCAGCCAACGACGAUGGCUUCAUUCCUGAUGCCUCGUUAGCUCCACAGCUCGCCUCUCUUGGCAAGGCACCCAUAAGGAACAAGGCGGCUCCGAUGAAGGGAGCUGCAGAUAGGAACAAUGGCCGACAGGAGGAGUUCGGUCAAGACGACCGGCAAGAUUUCGGAGAUGUGACUCCAACGGGUUUGAGUCCCCACGAAUCAUUGAUCCCGAGACCAUUAGCCGUGAGGGGAAACGGGACGUCGGCUAGGCAAAGGGUGCGUGAGAAGUCGGCGGAGAGCGGUUGGUGGGGAGCGCUUGACAGCGUCAUCUCCAGACCGCAAGCGGAAUACGACCCUUCUAAUGUGUUGUAA